AUGAUCACUCCGGUAAACAGCUAUAAGCCGAGUGGACCACCUCCUCUAUUGGGAGAACUUGAACCUUCUCAUGAACUCAUAUACGGCGUCUCUGAUGAACGGAUCUCCGUGGCAGCAUGGCCCAUCCUGCCUCAUUCCUCUUAUGAUAUCCCUACCCUUACUGUUUACCUGGAGAUGCAAACGUUGACGUACGUUACCUUCCGAAAUGAGGUUUGA